AUGGAUAAGGAUCCAGGAUACAUUAAAAGGUCUGGAGAACUGGGUGACAAUGAAGCUGCAGAGGAUCCUUUAUUGAAUAUUGAUCUGAACAAUUCUUCUAUAUGGACGGGAAGUUGGUCCCAACUUUGCCCAACCUGCAAGAUAAUUAGGCCUGUUCGUUCUAAGCAUUGUCCCGUAUGCAAGCACUGCGUGGAACAAUUUGACCAUCACUGCCCUUGGAUAUCUAACUGUGUGGGGAAGAGGAACAAACGUGACUUCUUCAUAUUUUGCUGCUUGGGGACUUUGACAUCGGUCCUUGGUGCUGUAAUUGCAGUUCAAAGGAUUUGGACUGGAAUACCAGCAAUGCCUAAAGAAGCAUGGAUUCAGCAUGUUGUGGUGGGACAUCCUGGAGUUGUCGUGUUUCUGGUUUUUGACAUGAUUAUUUUGAUUGCUGCUACGACUUUGACCGCAGCACAGGCAUCACAGAUAGCUCGAAAUAUCACUACUAAUGAAUUAGCAAAUGCUAUUCGAUAUGGCUACCUUCGUGGCCCAGAUGGGCGGUUUCGGAAUCCAUAUAACCAUGGUUGUCGAAAGAAUUGUACGGAUUUUAUCAUUCAUGGCUACACAAACGAUGAUGAGGUUGCUUGGCCUCCCUUACAGCAAGUUGCCAGUUAGAACCACUCAAACUACAUGUUUAUAAUAAAUUAGUGAAUUCUGUUGUAAUACAAAUUAGUUAAUCCCUUGUAAUACCAAGAAAUAUUGGUUUAGAUUGUUUGUCAAGCUUGAGAUCAUUCAUUUAAAAUACUUUAAGUGCCUAAUUUUACCAUCGAAAAUUCAACAGA